CUAACAGUUGGAUUUAGGGCCAAUGAAUGCGAAUAUUGAAAACAUAUUUCAGAGUCGAGUCGUUGCCUUACCCGACUUGGACGUGUCUCUCGCCUGCGUCCACUCUUCGCGUCCUGUCAUUCCAGUCUUGUGCUGCCCAGUGCCCGCCCGCAGGAUGGCCCAUGAGCAGAUCUGCUACUCGGACAAGUACUUCGAUGAGCACCACGGGUACUGGCAUGUCAUGUUACCCAGAGAACUUUCCAAACAAGUACCCAAAACCCAUCUGAUGUCUGAGGAGGAGUGGAGGAGACUUGGGAGUCUAGGCUGGGUUCAUUACACGAUUCAUGAGCCAGAAGCACACCUUCUUCGCUUCAUACGACCUCUUCCAAAAGGUCAACAAAAAUGAAGUAUAU